AUGAACCAGCCAUUGAUUUAUCACAACUACACAACCUUACAAGGGCCUAAUAGGACUACACUUAAGGGAAAGUUUUUUGGGUCAUGGGACUUGGAUGCUGAUUUAAGUGAAGGAAUGGUAGUGAACAUUUCUUACUAUUCUGUGGCUUGGGAGAAACAACUUGGAAGAGGUAGUUGGGUAUUCCACCAUGUCUUGAAGACUUCUAUUAAGUAUCCAUGGUUGAUGCUUUACUUGAGAUCAGAUGCCACAACUGGGUUUUCUGGUGGGUACCAUUACCCAACUAGGGGGAUGUCCAAAAUUAUUCCAGAAUCACCAAAUUUCAAAGUGAGGUUCACCUUGAAUGUGAUCAGAGGUGGUGGCCCAAACAGCCAAUUCUACUUGAUGGACAUAGGAAGCUGUUGGAAGAACAAUGGCCAGCCCUGCAAUGGCAAUGUAAUCUCAGACGUAACUAGAUACAGUGAAAUGAUUCUGAACCCAGAAACACCUUCAUGGUGCCAUGCAGACAACCUCAAACUGUGCCCUCCCUACCACACAUUCCCCAACGGCACUCGGGUCGGGCGCAAUGACACUGCUCGCUUCCCCUAUGAGGCCUAUCACCUACACUGCUCUCCUGGAAAUGGAGAGUUUCUUGAGAACCCUAAUGUUCCAUGUGAUCCAUUUAGCAAUCCUCAGCCUCAGGAGAUACUGCAGAUUUUGCCACACCCAGUUUGGGGCGAGUAUGGGUACCCUACCAAGAAAGGAGAGGGUUGGAUUGGGGAUCCAAGGACUUGGGAGCUUGAUGUUGGGAGGUUGGCUCAGUCACUUUAUUUUUACCAGGACCCAGGAACUCCACCAGCUAGGAGGCAAUGGACCUCCAUUGACUUGGGUACUGAAAUAUUCAAAGACCCUAAUCAAGUUGCAGAAUGGACUGUUAGUGAUUUUGACAUUCUUGUUCCCAAGCAAUCUUGAUUGCUUCAAGCAAAAAAGGAGGAGGAGGAGGAGGAGGAAGAAGAAGAAGAAGAAGAAGAACAUGAUGAUGAAAAAGAAGCAGAAAGAAAAAACUUUUACAGAUACAGACUGCAUAAAAGUAUUAGGGAUUUAACAAGGCAAAGCCUAAUUUUGUUCUCAUUUGAGUUUUUGGCUGGGACAGCAAACAGGAAGCUUAUUAGAGAAAUACAGUGCAACUACCAUUUUCUUUGGUUAUGGGAUGAUGAAUCAUAUUACAUUAAACCAAUCAUUAAUUUUCAAUGUCUUUUUAGGUAAGUCAUUAAUUUUGAUAUGUCAUCAUCACCUGAAGCUUAAAAAAAGAGCAACCU